AUUUAGCUGUGAGACAACGUGUACCCAGUGUUGCUAGAAAAUAAAAGACGUUUUCUAGCGAUGUGCUGUUCGCUCCGAGGUUACUUCAAGAUUUUCUUACCGCUGGGCUGAAUUUCUUCUUGGAUUAAAAAUGUAAAUUGCCAGCUAAAUGCAGCUCUAUGAUGCGGUAUGUGUUCAAGCAAUACUUCACACUAAGGAGACGGACAGGCCGACUUCCUACAGCAACUCAUGGGCUAAAUCUAGCUGUCUUUAAUGGGGGGAAAUUUCAACUGGAUUUUUUUUUUAAACCAGCCGUUUCUUGUGUUGAUAACAUAUGAAAGAUUGCAGACGAUUUGUCUGUCGGAACAGCUACAACUGUAGACAAUAAUUUGUAUCGUCUGACAAAUGAUUUUCUAAUAUUGAUCUGAUCAACGUUUGAGUUGACCACAGAGGUGUGCGGUGGUCUAGUGCGCAGCUAACUCACCAUAGAUGACUUGGACUUAGAACAGUUCAGAAAAACGUUGAGUUAAAAUGUGGAUGAACUAAAAUGUGGAUAAGCUGAAAUGUGGAUGAGCUGAAAUGUGGAUGAGCUGAAAUGUGGAUGAGCUGAAAUGUGGAUGAUUAUACGACGAAGAUGGCGGGUGCUGAUGGGAGUGACCUUCACCCUGGUUGUCAUGAUCAACGCGGCCAUUUUUCUCCUAGCAACGGACCCGAGGGUACGACAGUUGGAGGCUGAGGACACCCACUGGGAUGCCCCACACCUACAGGUCUCGAGGAAGCGGCUGAACAAGAGUGGCAACAACUCGACCGGCCUCAACUACCCCGACUCUGAGCUGACCCAGGGAGCUGUCGGCCCUGACCCCGCCCCGCGGGAGGCUGGCGACACCAUACGUCAGUUCACCAGCCGCCAGGUGGCGCCGGCCAAGACCCAGGAGGUGGCCAACGAAGAGGAGGACGGGGAGAAGGCGGAGAGCCGUGUCUCCAGGAACAGGCACCACAAUGGUACAUACAGGGACAAGGAGGAGGAGGGGGAUGAGGGGGUGGGGCCGGUCUUGGCCAACCACCGAAACAGCGACCCGUUGCUGGUUUCUCAGAAACGAGGUCAAGGUUUCGGAGCCCGCGCUAACUACAGUAUAGCAGAAGUGGAUGAGUUUGUGGAACAGUUCGCCAGCAAGUACAAGAACUCGCUGUAUGACGUGGCACCUGAGGUCAACUAUCCAGAGUUCCUCAAGAGACUCAAUGACGUCAAGAAGAAGGGGCCUCGGCUGGAUGCGUUCACCGGCAAGAGGGGCAAACAAUCCUGGGAACAGUUCCACCACGGGAUCCGACAGUACACGCUCUACGACCCCCAGGAGCCCUACCUCGCCAGGCUGCUCAACGACAUGGCCACAGAGGAGGUCGUCGAUGUAGAGCAAAAAGAAGGUGGGACACAGAUCAAGCUCAUCCUGUCGCUAGCAGACGACGGUCUGGCCCUGUUUAAACCCAUGCGGUUCCCACGUGACCAAGAAACUCUUCCAGACCACUUCUACUUCGCUGACUAUGAGAGACACAACGCUGAGAUAGCGGCUUUUCACCUCGACAUGGUUUUGGGAUUUCAUCGGGUGCCCCCAACCAUCGGUCGCAGCCUCAAUGUGAGUCAUGACCUACACAGACUGGCCAAUCACAAACUGGCAAAAACCUUUUUUAUAUCUCCAGCUGGUAACUGGUGCUUCCAUGGCUCCUGCUCCUACUACUGCGACUCAUCUCACCCCAUCUGUGGCCAUCCCAUGAUGCUGGAGGGAUCUCUGGCCGCCUUCCUGCCACCAAUACAGAUGGCCAAGAGAAAAACUUGGAGAAAUCCCUGGAAGAGAUCCUACAGUAAACAUAGAAAGGCUUACUGGGAGGUGUACGAUGACCUGUGUGACAAGGUGAGGGACAAACACCCGUACAAUGAAAGCCGUAGACUAGCAGACGUAAUGGACAUGGCUGUCUUUGAUUUUCUAACUGGUAACUUAGACAGACAUCACUACGAAACAUUCCAAGCUUUUGGCAACGACACGUUCUUGCUUCACCUGGAUAAUGGCAGGGCGUUUGGGAAAUCCAAGUACGACUGUAUAUCCUGCAUCGCACCAGUGCGCCAGUGCUGCAUGAUCCGUCUGUCCACCCUCUCCAAGCUAAUCAAGCUCUACUCUGGUCCAGACAGCUUAAGCCAGAUUAUGAGAUUAUCAUUACAUUCUGACCCGCUGGACCCGGUCCUAUGGGAACCCCACCUAGAUGCCCUGGACAGGCGGGUCAGUAAAGUCUUGCAUAUGGUCAACAACUGUAUCAAAGAUGGACGUCAGUGGAAUGAUGUUAUAAUUGAUGACGGCAUCACGUAACAAAAUUUGUCAUUGGCAGUUUGUGAGCACAAACCACUGAUGUCAUGACAUCACUAUUUUGUCCGUACAAACCACUGACGUCAUGAUGUAACCACUUUGUCAGCAUGAGCCUUUGUUCAUUGUGAUGCUAACAAAUAUUCCAAGGUUGUGAUGUCAUCAUAAACCAAUGAUAUAUCACCACAAACAACUCACCUGAUGUCACCACAAACUAGUGGUGAUUUACCACAAUUUUGCUUUUUAAACAAUUCAUAAAUUCUUGGGCUUAAGGCAACUCUAAACCUAAGUAAUGUUUCUGUAACUAAACUUGUUGAACUAUUAAUUUUGCAUAAUUAUGUUUUGAUUUUUAAAGUUUUUAUUACUUGUGGUUUGAUGAAGAAAUAUUUUUAUGUCCAUAGAAUCUUUAAGCUGCAACUCUGCCUGUAGAGAAACAAAAAUGUUUUUAACUCUACAAAUAUUGCAACUAUUUGCAACUAUGAAUCUCCUCUUGGAUUAUUUAAUCUAUUAAUUAAUUGAUUAAGGGUUUUACUUAUUUUUAUUAUUUUAUUUCCUGUUGAACCUGAUUUGAACAGUUCUCAACCCUUAUUGAAUGUUGAAGCUUGAAAUCUUGAAGUGUUAAGAUGGUGUUUGGAGUCUCCUGCCACCUAGACACUGGCACGCCUCCACUUUGUUUGCUUGAAGUCUGUACACCAUGUUUUGGUUGGGUAGGUCAGUCAUGUGACCCCAUGUUUUGGUUGGGUAGGUCAGUCAUGUGACUCCAUGUUUUGGUUGGGUAGGCCAGUCAUGUGACCCCAUGUUUUGGUUGGGUAGGUCAGUCAUGUGACCCCAUGUUUUGGUUGGGUAGGUCAGUCAUGUGACUCCAUGUUUUGGUUGGGUAGGCCAGUCAUGUGACCCCAUGUUUUGGUUGGGUAGGUCAGUCAUGUGACCCCAUGUUUUGGUUGGGUAGGUCAGUCAUGUGACCCCAUGUUUUGUUUGGGUAGGUCAGUCAUGUGACCACAUGGUGUUGUGACUUCAGACAUCUUGUACUGAGGAGUGUCUCUUGUACAAAACUUCGUUACAAUGUUUCUUUCUUGUUAAACUUAUCAAAUAUUCUUGGCUGCAAAACUUUCCAGAAAAAUGAUCUUACAGAAUAAUCUUCAAACAUUCCAUUCAAUAUUGCAUGUUGUCAAAAUGGAUUCUGUAUUCCACAAAAAAAUGAUUUUUCAGUGUUGUUCAGCUGUAAGAGUUAGCAGUUAAGGCAAUAAUUAAUGACUUUAAAAUCCAAACUUAAUCUCCAUCCAUACAGAUGUAUUUGAUUUUGUUAUUUAAAUUUGUUUUCACCAAUUGUUGUGACAGAACUUUUUUCUAUUUUAAUGUGAAGUUUUAAAUUGUCUAGUUUAUCCAAGGUUAGCACCAAAUAUAAACCUAUUAUUAUAAUUUGACUGUUAUUUGCAUCAUUAUUUUAAAUAUGAUACAAAAAAUUCUUUUAAAACAUUCUUUUAAAAAAUUAUGAACAUAUAACAGAUUUCAAAAUAAUUAAUCACGAGAAAGAAGAAUAAUGUUAUUUUGUUCUCUAUGUAAAAAAAAUGUAUCCAUGGUAAAAAUUAAUAGGUGAAAAAAUAUUUCAACAAAUGAAUGUUUUUUAAUUACCAAAGUGUUAUAAUUUGAUAUGGCUUGUGUUUGUUGAACUGAUCACAGUGUUGUGCCUUGUGUCCCUGCUAGCAUUACUUGGUUGCUGGUCAUUUACUGGUCAGACACUACUUGAUAUACUUCUUCUAGUUAGCAUAUCUUAUGGGUCGUAGCCAGUCCAUUGGUAAAUCUAUAACGAUCAACUAAAUAUAUUUCAUAUCUUCACCAUCAUCAUCAUCUGUAUCUGAAGCCCAUUAUAUAUACUAAAAAUUUGAAUAAUGACACAUUAUAUCUGAGAGUGAGGGUCUAAUUCUUUUCAAAACACUUCUAAAGUAAAGAUGGAUGGGCAGUGUGCCGAUUAUACAUCAGCCAAGGUCAUCAUACUUAUGAACUCUACUAAAAAUGUGAUUGCCCAUGGAAAGUUAAGUACCCUUUCAAACCUAACCAUCCAUGGUACAGGUUAAUUAGAAUUUAACUUUUUAGUGACCUCGGCAUAUGAAAGGAUAGUGUGGUCCGUGCUGUGCCCAGCCACCUUUACUUAAUCAAACGUGAGUCAGGUACCCAGCAGAGCUUGGUGGACCAGGACAUCCAGGAGACUCACAAGACUUUUGGGUGAGCAGUGGAGUGCUCUACCAUUUGACCAAAUGACCCAAAGUCUUAGUUGUAAUUUGAGAAAAAUCUUAUGGUGAUCUUAUAAUAAAUAAUGAUGUGGAAGUCUUAAAAAAUGAAUCACCUUACUUUGAAUGUUGAUUUUUGUCACCUUUGUACUGUGAUAAGUCUCUUGUGUUAUUUAUAGCAACUCUACAAACUGUACUUCUAAAAUAAUUAACUUGUAUAUUAUAAACUUGUCUCAUAUUUUAAUAUUCAGUUCAGUUAUAUUUUUUGUCUGAUGUUAAAAUUGGUAGGUCUGUGCCUGGUUGGAUGUCAGUGAAAAAUGUAUGUGUACAUUAACUGGCCAAAUACAAGCAAUUGUACAUUUUCCUGGAUCUGUAAUGGUCUUUAACAUAUCGGUUUUACACAAGAAAAACCUCAUUCAUACAAAAAGUUGUUGCGUACAAAUGUGUUCAGUUAUGGCUAGAUGAAUGUGAUGGUACUGCUGUUUGUAAAUAUGCUUUUAAUAACUCUAUGUCCUUUCAGCAAUGAUACUCAUUGUCCGGUACAUUCUGUUCUAGUUUUUAAUGUCAUGUCCAUUCUGUUCUAGUUUUAAAUGUCAGGUCCAUUCUGUUCUAGUUUUUAAUGUCAGGUUCAUUUGAUUCUAGUUUUUAAUGUCCGGUCCAUUCUGUUCUAGUUUUUAAUGUCAGGUCCAUUCUGUUCUAGAUUUUAAUGUCAUGUCCAUUCGGUUCUAGUUUUAAAUGUUAUGUCCCUUCAGGUCCAGUUUUGAAUAUCAUGUCUGUUCAGCUUUUUAUUUUAAAAAUCAUCCAAUCAGCUUUGUCCAUUCAAUCUAGCUUCGAAUGUCAUGUGAUUUCAGCUUUUUCUCUUUUGAAUGUCAUCUCCAUUCAGUGCUUUUUUUUCUUGAAUGGGUUUGUAUGGAAUCAAAUUUUUUAUAUUUAAUUUGUUUAAUGGGUUUGACAUUUUCUAAUUUCACUACAACAUUAAAAAAAUCACAUAAAAACCUAAUUUUUUGAACCCACAGCUUAUACCCAAACAAUUUGCAAGAUUACCAAAUAGUGGUUAACUUUAAUUUAGGAUCAGGGUAGAUUUUAAAAAUUUACACCAACUUUGUCAUCAUCAAAAUUUAAUUUCAAAUAUAAAUCAGUAAUUUUUUUUUUAGUUUAUAGGUCUUUGAUGUAGUUAC